UCGCUUUGUCCUUCUCUCUUAUAAAAACAAAUAUAUUUUUCUCUAUUGUUUCUGUUUUUGUCAAAAAAUGGCGGAAUCGAAGAGCAAGAUUGAAUCCAUAAGGGAAUGGGUCGUUGAUCACAAGCUUAGAACUGUUGGGUGUUUGUGGCUUAGCGGUAUUGCGGGUUCCAUUGCUUACAAUUGGUCUCAACCCAACAUGAAAACCAGCGUCAAGAUCAUUCACGCUAGGUUGCAUGCGCAAGCUUUUACAUUGGCUGCGUUAGCAGGUGCUGCAGUGAUUGAAUACUAUGAUCAUAGGAACAGACCCAAAGCUGAUCCAUACGCAAAAUUGCUUCCGGCUGAUAGAUACUCGCACAAAGAGUAAAUGAUUCUUGAUAUGACUCUGAUAAUUGCUUCUUGGGUCUAUAACUUACCCAAGUUAAUAAAAAUUUUUGUUUUAAAGAUACAUUACUUUUGCCCCCUUUUCAUCAUAAUCUUUUCAACUGUUUUGGUUAUUUACAUAUGACUUACCCGUGGGGCUUGUAAGUGGAUUGAGAUAAAGUUUGAACCUUAGAAUUUACAGAAAAGAAGGGUGUUCUUUUCAUCAUAGAUCAAUUUUUGUUUGUCAUUAAUGGAUGGAUGAUUAAUUCC